AUGAAGCUUGAUAGUUUCUUAAUUGUUUCCAUAAUAAUUGCGAUAUUAUGGGCAUUUGUUAAAACUGUUCCAAUUCGAACAAGUUUAGCUAAUAAGGUUGAAUUACAACAAAAUUACACGGCAACUAAAAUUUUAAAUGAUGGGGCUGAAUCCUCGGUCAAUCCUCAAAUUCAAAAAUAUAAAGGAAUGUUAAAACCAAAAUUAAAAAAUAGAAAAAAGGACUCAGUUAGAAACGAAGACAAGCUCCUUAAAAAAAGAAAAUAUAAUAAUGAAUAUUACAAGAAUAAUAAAGAAUAUUUUCAAAAUUACCAAAAACUAAACAAGGAAAAGAUAAAAGCGAAUAAUCAAAAUUACUAUGAAAGGAAUAAAGAAGCUAAACUUCAAGCAAAAAGUGAAAGAAAUAAACUUUAUUACGAAAAAAAUAGAGUACGGAUUUUAGAAAACAAGAAAAUUUAUGAUAAAAAUAAUAAAGAAAAGCGGAAUGAAUAUCAGCGAAAAUACCGAGAAAAAAAGAAAAACAUUCAAUCUGAUAAUAAUGAAGGAACUUCUUUUGUAAAUCAACAAACUAGUGAUUUUAAUAAAGGUAAAUUACCAAUUGUGAGCGAGGAGGAAGGAAAUAUUUCUAAUCAACCGGAAGAAAACCAUAAUAAUGGUGAAGAUAUGCAAGUUGAAGGGCCAAAUAAAAUUCCUGAACAUAACGCAGUAGAUUUGAAUAAGAAAAUUCAUCCUUUUGAUCUUAACAAAAAACCUGUGGAUGAAGAAUGGGACGAUUAUUAAAAGGAACAGUGGCUUAUGAAUGAGUGAAGCAAGGUCCAGGCCUCGAGGACAGAAAAUCUUCAGCUUUGCUUUCUU